AUCAGACUUGUGAACUUAAUUAAUAAGAGACAGCUAGCUAGAGUUAACAGGAAGAGGAGCAAGGUGUCAGUGCAUGGAUGGCUUAAAUUGUACCUUUAGCUCACUCUCGUUUUUACUAUGGAUCCCUCCAUCCGGCAUCCACUCUCCCAUUACUUCUCUUCACUACUGAUUCACAACAACACCAGAAGCUUGCCUCCAUUAUCAUCAACUUCUUCCUCCCUCCCGUCAAUAUUAGGUUUCGUCUGCCUAAGCUCCUCAUCAUCGCCAUUGUCGUUGUUGUUGCGGGAGAACCACACCACUAGUAGCUACCCCCGUCCCUCUCUCUUGAGAUCAGUAGCUUUGUCGGCAAAAGGCAUAGGGAUCUACUGAUGAUCCAAGUGAGGAACGAAGGUCCUACCCAUCCAGAUCUAAGUGUAGGCACGUAUUUGAGGUAAGUAAAAUCCGAUCUUCGCAUUAGAAACUGAAUACGUUUGAGCCUGUACGAGUUUAUAGUUUUCUGGGAAAUUAGCGACGGAAUUACAGGCUUUUAGCAACCAAACAGCCGCCGUGGCUAUAGUCUGGCCAACCAGUGUCAUUGACAUCCCUUUUAGGGACGAGAUUCAAAGUUUUUAGUGACCGUUUCGGCGACGGUAGCUAAAUGAGCUGUAGAGUUUACAUGUUAAUUCAAUUGGAUUUAAUUGUAAAUGAUUUACUAGGUACCUUACUAAUGGAUGUAUUAGGUUGUUAAAGUAUUUUAGUAACUAAUAAAAUGAGUUAGUUUGAUUUAAUUCUAUGUUUGAUCCAAUAAUAUGAUUAACGAUGUCCUUAAAUGAUUCUCUUAGGAAGUUAAUAGGUUAAGAUGAUUUAAGUUAUCAGUUAGCAAAAUAUAAGUUUUGAUAGGUUAGAUGUUAUGACGAGUUAAAUUAGAAGUUAUUAUGAAAAUGAAUUGUAUAAGGGAGUUAUGUUAAUAUGAGUAAUUGAUGAGUAAGUUAUCAGUUUUGACCCAUCAAGAACAUUAUAAGUAUUUAAUCUGUUGAUUGUUAAUCUAGGUUAAUUGAUAGACUGAGUAUGAUGAAAUUAAGUUGAAUUAAAGGAUAUAAUUAUCGUAGCAAAAAAAUUAAAUAAGAAUUUAGCAAGCCCCUAUACUUUGCACAUAUUGCAAAGUAGUCCCAAAUUGAGAACCGUCGCUAAGGACCCAUUAGCCCAACCGAUCUAACCUUGGCUUUCGUCAUAGGUUCACCAAUGCAAUUUACCCCUGAAGAGCACCGAUUCCUUAAGUUGGUGGCUAAAUCAGUUCAACCGUCUUAAGCUAACAAGGUGAGUGGUUUAAGGGGGUAAACUCUACGCCUUACGUAUUUUCAAGUAUUUGACUUACGAGUUUUAAGUAAGUGUGUUUAUGUAAAUUGUAUGCCAGUGAUUGAUUUAUGUCAUGAUUGAUAAAGCAUGUUUAGUUGAGAUAUUAUCUGAGAUACUCCAUUUGAGUUAUGAUUGUGAAGUACAUGAUUAUUUGAGCUUUCAGUAUUUAUUUGAAGCUUUUAUAUUAUGUUUAUUUAAUGAAGUUUGUUUGAUCUUUAAGGAUCAACAUUUAAGAGGUAUUUCACUCCUAAUUAAAUUAGGGUGAAAAGAUUUAAAGGUAGUUCACUAACGCCAGUCCCCCGCCCUAGUGAAAGUUUAGAGGAAGAGCAAUUGUUUGCUCUUAAGGAACAUGUGGAUGAAUCACUUAGACAUCACAUGAAGUUUAAAGGAAGAGUAUGAUAUACUCUUAAGGUUUAUGAGGUUGAAUCGAUUACUCCCAUAAAAAGGUUUAAGGAAAGGUCUUUAUUGGCCCUCAUACGUAUGAGAAGGGCGGCUGGACUAGUUAGUGAGGGGAUCCCAGUGUCGGUCAAAGGUUUAAUAUUUUUGAGAGUGGCGAGUAACAACAACUCCCACGUUUUAAGAGUUAAAGUUUAAAGGGUGGAAGUAUAAAUAACUUCCACGGGUUUUUGAGGUGAACACUUAAGGGAAUACUCGUAAGUGAUUCAAGUUUAAGUAAUGGCGUAGACUGACCCCAACCCACUCACCAGGUCAUAGAGGAGGAGCUAGAGAGCAUCCAGUCGAGGAGCAUCCAGUGAGAGAGCAGGCUACCAGAGGAGGACCACGUGAGCACUUCUGAAGAUGUCUGACCACGGAUCGGAGUAAGCAGCAUUUGUAAUCUUUAGUUAUUUGCUUUAUGAUCAUGAGUAAUGACUGGAGAUUUAAAAGGAUAAGACUUUAUGGAUUGAGGUUUGCCCAAAUGUUAGGGCUUUGCUUUUAAAUUAUAAGGUGUAUUUUCAGUAUUGGUAUUUCGAGCACAUUAUUGUUUCUUUCUUUCAAAAUUUUAAAUAUGCUCCGGAGCAAACUUGCUAUUUAAGUGUUUUAGAAAUCGGGAUAUGACACAUCUACCUGAAUCCCCCCCUCCUAAGCCUACUCGGCCUCGUCCUCUUAAUGGUGGCAAUCUUCUCCACCGCCGGCGAUCUUUGAUCAUGUCAACAAGUCCCUCGUCAGAAUCGAGCUUUCAUCCCAACCAUCAUCGAUCCUAGUCGACACCACCUCCCGGCUCCUGAUUCUUCUCUUAUCCCAUAAAUGUGCCUAGUUCCU